CAUGUUGCAUUCUGACGUCUUUGAGGGUGUUUUUUUAUUUCCUCUGCUGUUCACCCGUCGUCAAUACCUUUGCAAGAUGGCGGCCGUUUGCCGUGUCGGAUGCUGCCGGAAAAGCACCGCCGAAGAAGAAAAGAGCCGGAAGUUGGUUUGGUUGUCCGAGCUUGGACCGGACCGGACGACGAGGGACAAAAAGCGAGGUUGAACUGGUGUUUUUCGCCGCUCGCCCAACCGUCCGCAAUAGAUUGGAGCGGAUCCAAAAUGUUGAAGGAGUUGGUGAGGGAGCGACUCAUUGCGGCCGCCGACGAAAUCUUCGGACUUUUUGAGAAAACGAUCGCGUCGUACGAGGAGCAACUUCGUCGAGCGAGAGAGGACAGCGAACGACAUCGACGCCAACUGGAGCAUGUUUACAACGCUCAAGUUGUCAUCCGGGUCAAAGAUAUCCAACCGCAAUGGGGGUGCUCCAGUGCGGAGCCGGAGCAUCCGCAGCCCCUCAGCUUUGUCGGGGAAGAAGAGAACCCACAGCCCGUCUCCACGAAAGAGGACGCGAGGGAUCUCCAGCACCCCCGCGUGAAGGAGGAAGACAUCGUCGCGUUUGCCCUGCCUGACGAGACCGGGGAGGAUGAAGGCAAGCCACCCAAGAGGUUGACGCUCCGUCGUCACGGCCUGAGUGGCGACGACAGCGGUGGAGCGCCGGCACACCACCUCGUUGCGCCGCGCUUCGAAGAGCCUCCGAGGAGCCACGCGUCCCGCCAAGGUGACGACGCGCAGUCCGGCUACUCUGCGAAGGAGACGACCCCACAGAGGCCUCAACAACGUUUCGUCUGCUCUUUUUGUCACAAAGCCUUCGGCGCCAAUUCCAUUUUGAAUAUCCACUUGAGAACACACACGGGAGAAAAACCGUUCCCGUGCCCGGUUUGCGGCAAAAGAUUUGCUCAAAAGCCGAGCAUCGCCACGCACAUGAAAACACACACUGGGGAAAAACCUUUUAGUUGCUUAGUCUGUCACAAGACGUUUUCUCGAAGGUAUCAUUUGGAAAUCCACAUGAGAACGCACACCGGAGAAAAGCCCUACAGUUGCUCAGUUUGCGGCGCAAACUUUCGUCAUCGGUCCAGUUUGAAGGUGCACAUGCGCGUGCAUAACGCCGAGAGAAUGAAAACAGCUUCGCCCUAGUCCAGUAGUUGUCGGCGCCCCCUUUUCUGAAGAUCUGGACACGUUUGUCUCUGCUGAACACUACCAAUCAUUCUCGUCGUGAUCGAUCGCCUUCGCCCGAUUUUGGCAGGCUCGCUGACCAUGCUGCACCGGUGCUUGUUGUCGCCUGGAACAUUUCUGCGGUCUCGCGAAAUGUGAACGUCGCCUGUAAACGGUCUCAAAGACGCAGCAUAAAACAUAUCUGUC